AAUGAGUUGCCCAAUGCCGGAGAUCGGAUCCUGCAUAUCCCUCAUAUCGAAGGCGGAUAUCCGUUACGAGGGUCUGCUGUUUACCGUCGAUCCGGAGCGCUGUACGAUCGCUCUAGCGCGAGUGAAAUCCUAUGGAACGGAAGAUCGCGAAACGCAGUUCCCGAUCGCGCCGCAAAAUCAAUGCUACGAUUACAUUCUGUUCCGCGGGACGGACAUUAAGGAUAUUCGGGUGAUCAACAACAACCAAGUACCGAAUGAUCCGGCCAUCAUGCAGAUGCAUUUGCCGCCGCAGCAGCAGCCGCCGCCGCAGAUGGCGAUGCAAAACAAGCUCGGCCAGCCCAGCUACCAGUCGCCGCAGGGCUUCAUGAUGCCGCAGAUGGGCGGGCCCCCGGCCGGACCACCCGGUGGGCCGAUGGGUGGAGGACCACCCGGUGGACCGAUGGGCGGUCCGCCUCCGCCAGGCCACCAGCCGCAGAUGGGUGGCGCAGGUGGCCAACCGUACAAUUCCUUCGCGGGAAUGAACAAUCUCGGAGGUAUGCUAACGAACGAUCUGCUGGGCGGUGGUAGCAAGGGUGUUGGUGGUGGUGCCUCUUCUGGCUCGCGUUCGGCAACGCCGAGCAACAGUAUGCUGUCACGCAAAAGCCCUACGGUAGAUAUUGCUGUGCAGACAAACCAACAACAGCAGCAGCAGCAACUCCAACAACACCACCAAGGCCAGCAGCAGCAGCAGCAGUCCCAGCAGCAGAUGAUGCAGCAAAACAAUCGCGAUGCUGGCAACAACCAGCGAAACAAGAACAACCAUCAUCGGGGAAACAACCAGAACAACAAUCAGCGCGAAAGACGUGAUUCAGGCAAGCAGCAACAACAGCAGCAACAAGGUGGUGACAAUCAGCUCAAGGAUAACUUCAGCAACAAGCAACAGCAGGGUGCGGGACAGAACCGUGGCGGAUGGAACAACAACCGUAACCAUCAAAACCAAAACAACGGUGGCGGUGGCAACAAUAUGCGUGGUCGUCCACGUGGUAAUAUCGGACAACCGCAGCAGCAGCAGCGUGCGAAGAACUUGCUGAAGUUCGAAAAUGAUUAUGAUUUCGAGCAAGCCAACAACAAGUUUGAAGAACUGCGCUCGCAACUCUCUAAACUUAAGGUGGGCGAAGAAGUGAAACCGGAGCAGAUCACUAGUGAAACGUUGGAUAAGAAGGAUGAUUCGGGUAAUGAAACCGGUGCCGGGGAGCACGAGCAGGAAGACGAGGAAGUGAUCUGCUACGAUAAGGCCAAAUCGUUCUUCGACACCAUCUCGUGUGAGGCUGUCGAGCGUGCCAAGGGCAAGCAGCAGCGUACCGAUUGGCGCCAGGAGCGUAAGCUGAACACCGAAACAUUUGGCGUCGGCUCAACCCGACGUGGAGGAUAUAAUAGACGGGGUGGUUACUUCAACCGUGGCCCUAAUAACUACCACCGCGGUAGCAACAACUAUCGCGGCGGCAGCAACAACUAUCGGGGCCGCAGUACCAAUCGAAACCACCAGUUGAACGGUGGUGGUAGUAUGUCCCAAAAUCGCACGGGAGUGUCCGGUGGUCAGCAGCAGACCGGCAACCAGAGCGCCAGCGGCAGUACUCAACCGAAUCAGCCAACGUCAGCGGUCCAAACCAGCCAGGAGCAGCAGCAGCAGCAGCAACCGGCCGUCAUAGAGGUGGCUGCAGGCAAAUAAUGCCACGGAAAUCGGAUCAUAACGGAGAAACUCUUACUUUUAGAAAGCUGACUAUGUUCCGUUCAAACGAUGCGAAGAAAAGGAGUGAUAAGAGGAGAGAAUGUAUCCCCACAGAGAAAUCUCUGAAAUGGAAAAGGGGAAGCCGGAAGAAUUGAGUGUAGAGAGUGGAAGCAGAUUGGCGAGAGUACAGAGAGAAGAAGCUACAAGUGAAUGAAACACAUUAUACAACAACACCCUAUAUGCAUAUAAACCAUACCUAGAGCAACGGUUUGCAACGUAUUCUACACAGAACCCAGCAAAUGGUGCACAACCAUGCGGACAGUUACAGAAGGAAGUCGAAAGAGACACAACAACGCGGUGCGUUCAAGAGCAUCCAUUUCCACGGCAGACAAAGGAAUGGGAUGGAAUUUGCGUUCCUGUUACGUCGCUUAAAGUGGAUGUAGCACUCAAGACUGUGACGGCGGGUUAACGACGAAGCAUCAUGCAUCUUCAGACCCACCCGAAUAUAAACGUACGCAAGACGCCGCACUUUGAUCAACAAUCCCCCAUUGGGCACGUUGUGGAAUGGUGACAAAUGUUCGAGCAAAGGACAGCAGGUUCAAUACGUACAGUAGCGGCAGAACACAAAACCAAGUGAAAGGCACGUAAAAGAGACACCGAUCGAUCGAAAGCGCAGCGUCUCUACCACGGGGGUCGCACAGCAAAUGACAAGGGGUAUUCUUUUGGAGCGGACGAAGGGAAAGAUACCCCAUUUACUAUAUGACCUGUGCGACCCGGAGAUUGUUGCGACCGUCCUCUGCAUGAAAGUAUGACAAAAGUUUUGCACAUUCGCGCUGCUGGUUUCUAAUACUAAAUGCUUCGCUGCCGGAGCUACGGAGGAGACCUGAUCACGCUAAAUAAGAUGACACACACAGAGAGAGAAAUAGAACGAGAGACCGAAUCGCUGUACUAAUGUCUAAGGAUGCAACAAUUGUUCGAUUAUGUGUACUAGAAUUUCCCAUAGCCUGACAAAACGAUAUUAAACUACUAAGAAACGGCGUGACAUUAGCGGCUUCGUAGAUGCGUUCUUACAACAAGAAGGAACACGCAGUCUUAUUGCGAUUUGAGCAGGGAUGAUAGUAUUGAGGAUUGAGAUCGAAAGACAACUUCUCUUCUUCGCCGACCCGAAGCCGAUCUGGAAGUGGUGGAAAGAGUUGUAGGCAAACCUUUUUACACGAGAAACAGUGCGCUUGUGUAUGCCUGUAAGCUAUAAUAGUGUGAACCAGACAGGACAGGACCGGACAGGACAGUUUAAGGUAAAAAGUAAGGAGCGAACAAAAACAUAAAAUCUGAAAAAUCGAUAGUCAUAAACGAACCAGCUACAAACGCCUAGGAUGCAAGACAAAGAUGAAGACUAGCUUGCUUGGUUCUAUGGCAAACGGCGGGUCCACUGUAAGAAAGCGUUCGCAAGACAAGUUACGGAAAGAGAGAGAGAGCGGUCGGGCGGCCGUAUUAACAUGCCAUCCGGAUGUUUGAGAACCGUCCACGCGUCCUGCAAUGGAAGAACGGAGAAGAGUAUACAGAAAUCAAUCAGCGAGACAGGCAAAUAUUGAAUGACUCGAUGUAAAGUACAUUUGCUUUCAUUUGAGCCUCUUGCUAGAGAACAGUUGGCGUGGUUGCCUUGGAGCUAAUCUUUUUCAUCUCAAUGUGCAGGUCAUAGGGACGGAGUGAAUCUGGGUAAAAACAAAAACAAACAAAUGCCGCACUGUGUGUACUGUUAAGCAAUACGUUUAACAUACCCUCCAAAGGAGUAGAAGGAAGGAUAGGCAUUUUUGUUUUUACUUCGCGCAUUGGGGUGUUGAUACAUCGGCCCACUUUGCAGAAGCCACGUACCACAUCAUCACGACGGUGGUGUGCUGCUGUGCGGUUCGAAGUGCGCCACACAUUCUCAUUCCUUUCCCCCCAAGUGUGACGAGUCGCACUUUACUACUUUGAUGUUCGAAUGCUGCGCAUCAUCAUCAUUAUCAUUACUGUUUUCUACUUAAAAUUAUUAAUCUUAUCGUUUUCUUUUGAUUUCCUACCUCGAUUUAUUGUAUUUUCCCCCUUAAAGUUCAUUUUUAUGAGACCCUUAAUGCUGUUUUCUUCUCACAUCCAUCCCUCGCUCGCGCCCCUUCGGCAAACAUAUUCUGUGGUGUGAUGUGAUUGUUUUUCGGGUAGAUUAGCACCUCGGUUUCUUGUGUUUCAUCUUUCGCGCGCGCGCCCUCUCUCUCUCUCCUUAUCGUGUAAGAUAUGCUUCCGGAUUGGAGAUGUGUGAAAAGAUCCUUUGCCGUGCGCCUCGUUAUCGCUUUCUCUAUUCCUUAUCACCGGGUUAGUUUGAUAGCAAAUUACACACGUAAAAAUAUUUAUGAGAGAUGAAUUAUUCGAUUGACCUGAUCUAACGCGCCCGCAUCACGUGGUGGUGUUGGUGGUUACGGGUGGGAUUUCAUUUCGAAUUGUACGCUGCCACCGAGCAGUGAAUGUUACAUCAAAGGGUAUAUAAGUAAUCUCGCAUAAACAUUUUCGCUACGUAAAAAAUCUAACGCCGGAACGGGACCAAAGAUCAGGGUAUCAGGCGUAACAGUAAAGAGGAUGCAACAGGGUGAGCGAGAGAGAGAGAGAGAGAGAGUUCGGGAUGUAUGACAGGAAGCAAUUGCUUGUUAGCGUUUAGUUUAUGGUCACGUUAUGCCUAUCCGUGUUCCGCUUAGGUGCAUCAGUGCUGAACCUAACACAUGUUAUGAGUCAGAGAAGCGUAGAAGCGAAGCGACAGCAAAUGCGUGUGGCGUCUAGAGGACGAAGACGAAGAUGGAAAGGAGGAUGAGCAUUAAAACUAAGUUUUGGAUUAAUUAUGUGUAAAGUUGAAGAGAAAGCAAAGGGUACAGAAAGAGCGAGAAGCAAAUAUAAAAAAGAACACGAGUAACAAAAAUAACAAUGAUGUGGAGCAGCCUAUAUCUCUACCACUUGCUGGCGUUGGCAUGUCGUUUGUCGUGUGUGUUGUGUGUGUGGUGCUUGUGUGGGUAGCGGGAAACACUGGUUUAGUAGAGGGAAAACACGGCCCACGAGAGAGAGGGCCCAUUCAUGAUAGUAGUGAUGGGAAAUUCCAAAUACAGGAAAAUGCAGCAACAACCUGCGGUGCGCAAAUUUCUAUCGCGACAAAAAAAAUCCGUUCGGUAGCGGAAUUUCCUGCAAUCUGACUAUAAGACGAGGAAGUGGAAUAUAAAAUGAGAAUAUCAAAGCGAACACUGAGGGAGGGACGUUUUACGUAUAAAAGGACGGAGGUAAAGUCAUCGUAAAGACGAGGAAGACACUAUAUAACAAACCCAUAUAUUCACAAUACACAAACGAGAGAAAUCGUAAGAAGAAGCUAAACAAGAUAUGAUAAAAAUAGUAGUAGAUUUUAAAACGAUACGAUAUACGAAGAACAAAAGCCCAGAGUUGACAAACAGGUGGGUGAUCGACAGAGAGGUGACUCGACGAUCAAGCCGUGGGACGCGACGCAAACAGCAGGACGCUGGAAGGUGAGAAUCACGAUACUCGGAAGUAUAACAAAAUAUAAGAAAGUGAAACAAGAGAAGCAAACACAAAAUGCAAAACUUCCUAUGCAUAGCGCCAAGUCGAUUGUAAAAUGCACUCGUGAGUAGGAUGCACCACCAUGAGAGACAGUGAGUGAACCACAAGUCCCUAGAUCUGAACAGACCGAAGUUGAGUGUGAUUAAGGGGUUUGGAACAAAAUUUGCAGGGAGGACAGAGACAAACAGGCGACAAAUGAAUUAAUAUAACAAAAAAUGUAGAUGUUCAAUAUUCUAGACUUAAACAAAAAAAAACACACCACCUUCAUCCCAACAACAAAAGGACCGAAUCGAUUGCCAGAAGAAGGUGUAUGCCAACAGCCUGCACAAGUUAACAGUCAGUUCGCUGUGUGUUGUGCGGUUCCUGUGGUACGGAUUUACGGCGUACCGGGCAGAGAUAGAGCAAUGAGGAAUUGCUUCAGGCCUCGCUUCGGGAAGAUAACCAACGCAGGGGAAUGUAACGAAAUAGGCCACACACACAGACACGCUUGGUAUUGGUUGCAAGAUAUAUGUAACUAUUUUACGGUAGUUGAGAGAGCAAGAGCGAAAGAGAUAGAGAGGAUAGAAGGAGGACCCCUCAGAGCGGAUGCAACGGGCAAGGUUGACCGUUAACUGUACCUUACAGGGAGAGUUGGUGUGUUUGGUGAGGCUUCCAUUGAGAGGUCUGCAAAAGACGACGCAGUUUUGUGAGACAGUGGCGCACUGGUGGAUCAUUUCUUUUACUUAUGUACGCCCCUAAACCCGGUAACGGGUUCGGGAGGGCUCCAAGUAAGCAAGACCGGAUGUAAGACACAUGAAAGAGGGGACAGUGCAAAGAGAUGAAAGAAGCUCUAUGCUCAAAACGAUAAAGGCAACAGGUGACGGCGCGCUGAACCAACGGAGUUGUGCAUGGAAUCGUGUGCCGGUCGGUGUACGCCGAAAAGUUUUUGUCAGAGGCAAAGAAGGAGUUUCUCUGGCAUUAUGCAAGAAUUACCCAUUUGAGAGAGGAUCAAAGGUCCGGUGGUUGCGCGUCAGGAAGUAGCGAAGCGCCAACGGAUAGCAGAAAGUCAAGUCGUUCAUCUUCGUAACAAUUUCUAUAAAACAAAAACAAACCCGUGAUAUAUUGUGGUUGAAAACAGUAAAGAGUCCGUUCCAGUUCCAGUGUGUAAACGUGCGCACCCACCACACAACGGUGUACGGCUGCGGUAAUUUGCCUUGAUGGUCAUGGUCACUCUCCUGCUGCUGUUGCUGUCCCACUUGUCAGCUGCAUGUUUCUUGUACGGCGCGUAACUGAAGGUUGUAGCUACUCCUCUUUUCGAUCCACAACAAAAUGUGAGAAACACAGUCUAUCGUGUAAGAGGUUGACACACUUUAGUUUACCCUGUUUUCUAACGAUCUUCAAAAAUAAUGGCACAAGUUUGGAGUUUCAUGCGUUUUCUUUGCGGCAGCUUUACUACACCUCUUAAUACGCGAGUUGAGUUUUAUGUAAAACUAGUGCUUUUUGUCUUCAACGUCGGCAUGUAUGUACCAUUACUUGAGUUUGCAGCACGAAACCCUCGCUGGUUGAUACGGUUCCAGGGUAGCAACUAAAACAAGUGUCUUAAGGCCUAAGCGUUCGAGUUUAAGUUUUGCCCCACGAGUUAUAAUAAUAGGGACAGGAACAUUCAACAACAAAGCAACGAACCACAGAGGAGCACUGAUUUGGGACCGGUUGGUUGCAUCAUCUUGCCGUGGUUAGCCACUUUCACCAGCCCCACGAAGCAGUUGAAAUGUUAAUCCAACCCUUUUCGAGUAUCUCUGUCGUUUGAUUUAAUUUUGUUAGGAAUCUGUGGUGCAGUGAUGACAGGAGUUUUAAAGAAGUUUUCUAUCGGAACCAAAAACGUGUGUAGAAAAAAGGUACGACGAGCCCAUCGCGCGCCCAACGUUCGUUUCGUAGGCCCAAUGAUUUGAGAUCAAAUCUCGCCAGAGAACUUCGCCGAAGGGGGUCGGGCGCACUUUCUUCUAGUCUUUGCUAGUGCGAGUGCUUGUUGCAGCUGCCAUGGCGCGAUAGGAUAGGUCGUUGCGUUGCAAAAGAAGCGUGAGGAAACAGCAGAAGAUAACUAAAAUCUUGCCCAUAAACUAAACACUAAUUUAAACUAUGCGAACAUCAGGUGUGUGCAAAGCGAGAAACACGAGUUUGUACAAGAAGCUUACAUGACGAGCGACGAGCAACAAGCGAAGCUGCAGGGAUGCUCUAACAUAUACAGUACAAGGGCAAGAAGAUAAGACGUUGGAAGCCCCCGGGGUGAAAGGGUAGGUGUAGAGUGAGAUGACCAGGAUCUCCUCCCAGCACAAGAAAAGGGAAGGAAGCGCAGCAGAGGGCGGUAGCUAAACCAUCAUUGCAAUCACUAAGGGUGCAGGAAAAGGAUAAAUCUAUCAAAAUGCGCAUGAGAGUGUAUGAAAAACAAAACUGUGGAAAAAAUAAAACAAACAAGACGGAUAAAUACCGAAUGGAGUACAAAUA